GAGGCAACCCCUUCUUACCAAGUCAGUCUGCACUGUGAAUCCAAAUCUACAAGCAAGACAAUAUGAGUCUGUGGGAAACCUGUGCUGUACUUUUCCUUGUGAUUCUGACUGCUGAAGGUUGGCAUGACCUGGACAACACUGAAUAUGACUGCUGGCCCAUAAAAGAACCAAAUGAUUACAACAUGAUUAGCUGUGGCGGCUUAGAAAUGGCUUGGGUUCAACGUCCACCAGAAAAGGUCACAGAUGGGGAGGAGUUCAACGUUACCUAUUCGGUCACUGCCUCUGACUCCUUUUAUGAAUACGUCGUUAAAAACAAGAUUUUCCAGCUCAGUAAUGCCUCAGAGGCCAAAAGAUUCUGCCUCGAGCACGAAUGUCCCGCAAACUGGAACAACGCCAAUGAAGACAACUGCUGCGUUUACCACGCCAACAUUCACUCCUGUCCUCUUGCGCUCAUGAGAGGUGGAGGGAUUUGUGGUCCCUGGAUUCCAGACGAUGGUGAAAUUGUGACUCACACGGUAUCCAAAGCUGGCAAGAUGAGCCAACUGCUGUGGACAUCAAAGGUGGUGCUGGUCCAUUUAGGAGUUACAUCGGUCAUUGCUCAUGUCAAAGUGGGACAGAUGCAUGCAGCACUAGAGUCCAAGGUGUUAGUAGUCAGCGCUCAGGUGUGUGGCGAUGACACCUGUGAGCUGGAGGAGAGCUGUCUGACGUGUCCCGCUGACUGUGGAGCUUGUCCUAUGCCCACAUCCAUCAAAGUGGCCAUUGGGCUUCCUGUGGCCUUGUUCUGCAGUGGUUUUAUCUUGACGCUGGUGUGGCUGCAAUACCAAAAACAGAAAAUGUUUUGGGAUGAGAGCUGGAUCAUCAACUACAAUAAUAUCAUGUUUGGUAAAGUGUGCUACACAGGUUUUUGUAGCACCACAAGUCUUCAGACUGUAAAGAGGUACUCCAGUGUGAGUAGAGUCACAGAUGUGACGGUCUGCACUGCAGUCAACACCAAAUUCAAACCACGCUUCAUUCAGGCCGGCAUCUAUGAUGGAAGGACUGUAGCUGUAAAACACAUCCAGAAGAAACACUUUACCCUCACCAAAACAAUCAGAAAAGAAGUCAAAGAGGUUAGGGAGCUUGAUCACCCAAACCUCUCCAAGUUCAUUGGAGGCUGCAUUGAAGUUCCUUUCGUGAGCAUUAUCACUGAAUACUGUCCAAAGGGAAGCCUGGCGGACGUGCUGUUGAACAAGGACAUCCCCAUCAAUUGGGGUUUUCGAUUGUCCUUUGCUACUGAUAUUGCCCGAGGAAUGGCUUACCUGCAUCAGCACAAAAUGUUCCACGGUCGUCUUCAUUCACGCAACUGUGUGAUUGACGACCGGUGGGUCUGCAAGAUAUCAGAUUAUGGACUAAUGGCCUACAGAAAGGAGGACUUCGAGGACAUGAGCACCAAUUUCCAAUAUCAAAACAUCUAUCUCAUUUACUGCGCACCUGAAGUUCUGCUGAGAAUCAGCACUAGUUUCACAACUGCAGCUGAUGUGUACAGCUACUCUAUUAUCUUGGUGGAAAUUGCCACUCGCAGUGACCUCGUUUCACAGGAACAGGCAGAUUCAGUGAAGCUUGAUGUCAUGUGGCGCCCAUCACUUCCCAAACUGAAGGCUGGGAGACCAGACAGUGAUUGCCCAGAUCCUGAUGAUUACUGUGAGCUGAUAAAGAGAUGCUGGAACCACAAUGUGACCACGAGGCCGACGUUUGAGCAGGUGAAAAAGAUUCUCGAUAAAAUGAACCCACACAAGGUCAGCCCUGUGGAUAUGAUGAUGAACCUGGUAUGCAUGUUACCGAAACCAGUGGCUGAUGAUCUUCGUCAGGGACGCACAGCAGAAGCCCAAAGUUACUCCAACGCCACUGUAUAUUUCAGUGACAUAGUGGGCUUCACCCAACUCUCUUGCUCCAGCACCCCUCACCAGGUUGUGGAUUUCCUCAACAAGCUUUACACCACAUUUGAUGACAUCAUCGACAACUACGAUGUGUACAAAGUGGAAACUAUAGGAGAUGCUUAUAUGGUGGUCUCAGGAGUACCGAAAGAGAACGGGAUCAAUCACGCUGGGGAAAUAGCCAGCAUGGCGCUGGACUUGAUCAGCAUCUGUCACGCGUUUAAAAUCCCACACAAGCCCACCACACAGCUGAAGAUAAGGGCUGGCAUCCACUCAGGCCCUGUUGUAGCUGGGGUGGUUGGCACCAAAAUGCCACGAUACUGCUUGUUUGGCGACACUGUAAACACAGCGUCCCGUAUGGAGUCCACCAGUGAAGCUUUAAAGAUCCAGUGCAGUGGUUCCACAGCAGAUCUUCUACACACACUUGGUGGAUAUGUGCUGAUGUGUCGUGGGUCUCUCUAUGUGAAGGGGAAAGGCGAAAUGACAACUUGGUGGCUGGAGGCAAAAAGAAGCCCCGCAGACCCUUUGUUCCAGGAAGACGAACCUCUGGGUCUUCCUGUUCCUGUUAGCAGUUAAAUUAUGUGCUGCAGUCAUAUAUAAGCACAGUCACGACAGAGACCUUAACAAAUAAAUUGACAUGUUUAGCAGACAUGCUAACUGACUUUAUUUAAGCGUAUACUUACUGUUGGUGUAUAAGUAUGUGCUAAGUAUUACAUUUGAUUGCUGCUAUGCUGAAAUAUUGCUGCUGUCAUUGUUUUGUGCAUUAGACAAAGAAAACAAUGUUGUAUAUGUUGUGUCUGGACGAUUUAAAAAUGGUCUUUGUCAUUUGAAGGGCAAAUGUGUGCAUAAUUUGUCAUUUAAAGUAGAUAUGCUGGAAUAAAAUGUGCAAACCGAUUUGUCUGAUGUAGAUGUUCUAAAAUAACUAUUAGCUUUGCAGUGAUAAACUAUAU